UGACUCUGCCUGCAGGAAAAAGGUCAGGGUUGCAUUUCCCUUCCUUGCUUCUUGAUGGAUGAUCCAUUUUUUGAAAUACGGAUGUCCCAAGGCCAAUGAGACUGGUCCCAUUCCAGUAAAGGGCCACUCUGUGGGCGGGACAGUGGGAAGGGACCCGAAGGUGGGGUCAAGGGAGGCCCCAAAACAGUCUACACAGCAGGAGGGAUGGCCGGGGCUCUAGAGCUAUAAGUGGCCCCUCGGGGCCCUGACGGGCGUCUUGCCAUGCUGUUCCUGGGGCUGCUGCUGCUGCUUCCCCUGCUGGCUGGCACCCGCCUGCUGUGGAACUGCUGGAAGCUCAGGAGCCUCCACCUCCCGCCUCUUGUCCCGGGCUUCCUGCACCUGCUGCAGCACGACCUCCCCAUCUAUCUGCUUGGCCUGGCUCAGAAAUUCGGGCCCAUCUAUAGGCUCCACCUUGGGCUGCAAGAUGUGGUGGUGCUGAACUCCAAGAGGACCAUUGAGGAAGCCAUGGUCAAAAAGUGGGCAGACUUUGCUGGCAGACCUGAGCCACUUACCUACAAGCUGGUGUCUAAGAACUACCCGGAUCUGUCCUUGGGAGACUACUCUCUGCUCUGGAAAGCCCACAAGAAGCUCACCCGCUCAGCCCUGCUGCUGGGCAUGCGUGACUCCAUGGAGCCCGUGGUGGAGCAGCUGACCCAGGAGUUCUGCGAGCGCAUGAGAGCCCAGGCCGGCACCCCUGUGGCCAUUGAGGAGGAAUUCUCUCUCCUCACCUGCAGCAUCAUCUGUCACCUCACCUUUGGAGACAAGAUCAAGGAGGACAACUUAGUGCCUGCCUAUUACAAAUGUAUCCAGGCCCAGCAGGUGACUCCUGAGGCCCCCUUCAGCAUCUCCGGCUAUGACAUCCCUGAGGGCACAGUCAUCAUCCCGAACCUCCAAGGCGCCCACCUGGAUGAGAUGGUCUGGGAGAGGCCACAUGAGUUCUGGCCUGAUCGCUUCUUGGAGCCAGGCAAGAACUCCAGAGCGCUGGCCUUCGGCUGCGGGGCGCGUGUGUGCCUGGGAGAGCCCUUGGCGCGCCUGGAGCUCUUCGUGGUGCUGACCCGACUGCUGCAGGCCUUCACGCUGCUGCCCCCAGGGGACCCCCUGCCCUCCCUGCAGCCCCUGCCCCACUGCAGUGUCAUCCUCAAGAUGCAGCCUUUCCAAGUGCGGCUGCAGCCCCGGGAGUUGGGGGCCCACAGCCUGGGCCAGAGCCAGUGACGGAGCAGGACGGAUGCCAGCCGCAUGCCUCAGUUUCUCCUUUAUUGCUCCCGUACGAACCCCUCCCCCCACUGUAAACAUAGUGCUGCGAGAUCGCUGGCGGAGAAGGCUUCCUCCACCAGCCGGGUGGUGAAGGCCCCUGGCUCUUCUCUCGGGGCGACCCCUCAGUGCUCGGCAGUCUUACUGGGGUGCGAGAGAGGUGGGCAGCAGCUCAGCCUCCCCCGGCUGGGGAGCGAAAGUUUCUUGGUCUCAGUUUCAUCUCCGUGAAGGGCACCGAGAACUCGAAGCCCUUCCAGUAGUACCAGCUCACUCCCUGGGAAAGGGGUUGUCAAGAGAGUCAAAGCCGGAUGUCCCAUCUGCUCCUCCCGUUUCCCUUAAGGAGGUGGCUCCGAGCACUCAACCAACCUCCCCACACAGCUCCCCUCCUGACCCUCCACCACAGAGGACUGAGGCUUAAUCCUGAGCUGGCCCUUUCCACCCAAUAAAUCACCUCCAGCUCCCUCUG